GCAAAAAACCAACGGCUCCCCGCGCCGCCCGCGCGCCUCCCCCAGUCCCCACCCCGCCGACGAACGAUGGUCGCCGCCGCCGCCGCCGCCGCGCGCCGCAAGCGCUCCCUCCUGGCGCCCCGGUCUCCUGCGCGUCCGCGUCCGCCGCCGCCUCAGCUGACGGCGCUGCUGGCGCAGCUGGCCACGUCGGUGUCCCUGGCGCUGCGCUUCGCGUCGGACCGCGACCUGCUGCUCCGCCCCUCCCAGGCGCUGGCGCUCGACCCGCUCCUGCUCGCCGCGGCGCGGGCCGUGUCUCGGCUCCUCGCGCUGCUCCCGCUCCACCUCCAGACCAUCACGCUCACCUCGCUCUCGCUCUCCCCGCCGACCCCCCCGCCCUCGCUGCCCUCCUCCUGGUUCCUCCGCCUCGUCUCCGCCUCCCCCGCGCUCCCGGACUCCGCCUGGCGCGACGCCUUCCGCAUGUCCCGCCCGGCCUUCUACGCGCUCCUCCGCUCCCUCGCGCUCCCGGACCCCGCCAGCCCCGCCGCCGCCUCCUCCUCCCUCGCGCUGCCGGCCGACCACAAGCUCGGCGCCGCGCUCUACCGCCUCGCGCACGCCGCGCCGGCCCGCGCCGUGGCGCGCCGCUUCGGCCUCCCGUCGCCCGCCGCCGCGGCGCAAGCCUUCUACGAGGUCUGCCGCGCCGUCGCUGACCGCCUCGCCGCCCUGCUCGACCUCGCCGCGCCCGACCGCAUCUCCCGCGCCGUCCCGGGCUUCUGCGCGCUCUCCCUCCCCAACUGCUGCGGCGCGCUCGGCUACGCGCGCUUCGGGGCCGCCGCGGUCACCGCGCAGGCGCUGGUCGACGCCGAGGGCCGCUUCCUCGACGUCUCCGUCGGCUGGGACCCGGCCGAGGCGCCGCCGGAGGUCCUGCCGCGGACCAAGCUCUACGCCUCGCAGUCGCUCGUGCUCGCCAACGCGCCCCACGGCGAGCUCAUCGGCGGCUCCGUGCCGCGCUACUUCCUGGCGCCCGCCUGCUGCCCGCUGCUCCCCUGGCUCGUCACGCCCUACAGGGACGCCGGCGCGACGGACGGCGCGUCCAAGGAGCGCAUCUUCAACAACGUGCACGCGCAGGGGGCGCGGCUGGUGAGGAGCGCGUUCGGCCGCGUGCGCGCGCGGUGGCAGCUGCUGGAGGAGUGCUGGAAGGGCGAGUGCCAGGAGGCGCUGCCGUACGUCGUGGUCGCUGGCUGCCUGCUGCACAACUUUCUCAUCAAGUGCGGCGAGCCCAUGCCCGACGCGGCGGCGGCUCCGGUGGACGCCGGCGCCGACGCGUUUGCGGACUUCGAGGGGGAGAAUGACAAGGAAGGGGAGAGGAUCCGGGAUGUUCUCGCUGUGCAUUUGAGCUUGGUGAGCCGUACCCAGUGAGGUAGUGAGUGAGCAAUUUGUGUGCGCUCUGCAGUUUUCCCUAGUGUACAUAUUAGUCUGAAUCCACCGGCGUCGCGUGGAUUGUCCCCUGUAUGAGUACGAGUGAUGCUGAGCUUCUACCGGAGCUGCCUAUGUUCUAAUGCUGUACUCUUGUCGAUCCAGUUGAGUUUAGUGUAGCGUGAUCAAUGAAAUUGUCAUGUCUGGUGUUUGCAGUC